AAUUGCGCGAGUCUACUUCGGCGCGUUCAGACCACUCUCCGUUGGCCGUCGAACUUCCUCCUCUCCUGCUCUUUCUCCGGCAAAUCAAGUGAUUGGAUUUUUGAAACAUGACGUUGCUAAGGAGGUAUGUGUUGAGAUUGUUCAUUUCGUUGAAGUACAUCACUGCAAAUGUGGUAGAUAGAAACAACGGACGAAUUGUAGCAACAUCAUCUACGGUUGAACAUUCAGUGAAACAGUCUCUGGAGUGCGGUAGAAUUUGCAAUGCAAAGGCAGCAGCAAUCGUAGGAGAAGUGUUGGCAAUGCGUCUCAAAGUGGAGGGUCUUGAUCAGGGGCAAGAAAACGGGAUCCAUGUCAAUGUAAAUAAGGAGGUUGAGAAAAUAGGUUUCAAGAAUCGCACAAAAGUUUGGGCUAUAGUUAACGGCCUUAAGAACAAUGGAGUGAAACUUAUUUUGGAUGACAAUGAAAAUGACAUUUCUCGCCCUAACUUCCACUAGAAUAGUGCGUUGAUCCUCCUAUCACACGCCUACAAGCCAACGUCCACCAAGAACAGAGACGCCAAUAGCUAUGGCAAUUCCGACAGCGGAGAAAGUGUAAGGUGAGAUCUGUAUCAUAGCUCUGGACCACGAGCUUGAUGCUCCCACAACCGCCAUUGUUGAAGCUGCUGACAUUGUGAAAUCUGAUUUUGCUUUGGUUUCUAACAAUUUUCUCCUUUGUCGAUCUUGAGAUUUCUUCAGUUUGGGUGAGAGAGAGAGAAGGGGAUUGAAGAGAAGACGGAGACUAACGUCUGGAAUUCUCCCACCAACAAGAGUUCUUCCUCCGUCACUCCACAAUCUCUCCAUUGUAGAUGUCAUAAAUCCCCUUUUGAGGUCGAGGAGGACUUGGAAGCCUAAUGUGCAAGAGAACGACUUUUCAGCUAUAUCCUAGAUCGUCAGAUUCGUGUAAAAGUUACAACUCAUGCCCUGCGAUG